AUGUCUGCUCCAGCCACACUGCCCAAUUCGGGACACGAUGAAAUGAUUCAUGAUGCGGUCCUGGAUUACUAUGGCCGUCGACUAGCAACCUGCUCUAGCGACCGGACAAUAAAAAUCUUUGAGGUGGAUGGCGAUUCUCAGCGACUCUUGGAGACGCUUAAAGGUCACGAGGGUGCGGUUUGGUGUAUCAUGGGCCCAUCCAAAAUAUGGCAAUAUUCUGGCUUCCGCUGGGUAUGA